AUGUCAGUUGUAUUAUUCCAGGAGAGAGGAGAGACAGCAUUAAUGUGGGCUGCCAGUAGAGGACACCUGGAGUUCUGUAGACUCCUCAUUGAUACAGGAUGUAUAUGGACAGACAGCAUUAAUGUGGGCUGCCGAGGGAGGACACCUGGAGGAGUAUGGACAGACAGCAUUAAUAACAAUGGAUACACAGCUUUACAUCAUGCUGCUGAGUGGGGACAACUACAGACCACAAUAUAUCUAGUAGAACAAGGUGCCAGUCCCUUGGUUACAACACGUCAGGGUGAGACUCCAUACGAUCUAGCAGCAGAGAGUAAACAGGGACAGUAUAAAGAAGUGAUGGAAUACUUACAGACUGUCAUGUCAAAGAAAUCUUCAGGUGUGACUGCUGGACAAGGGAUAGAAGAUCCAAUCCACACACAGACAAAGUCCACUAUGUUAAACAGGUUACUUGGCAGUGGAACGUAUGUUUCCUAUGACAUGCGCUGUAUGGUAACAGGCCAGUUCGCGGUCGGAAAAACUAGUCUUGUCAAGCUAUUAGCUGGUGAUGUCGUUCCAGAUGGAAGACAUCCUACCGAUGGGAUUUCCCUAAUAGAAGGUCGCUGUGGCCUUGAUGUUGAGACUAGAAGCUGGAUUUAUAUUGAUCCAGAAACGUAUGACGCUUUAGAUGUGGUUUACAAUAAGGUGUUGAUGACUUCAGUAGAAGAGGACGAAAGAAAAGAAGAAAAAACACCAAAGAAACCACAUUUACCAGAUUCAAACCUUGUUAGAAGUGAUAGUAAAGUGAUGACCGCUGGUCCCUCCCAACAGCCUCUAGCAGCCAAACCUUUGUCACCUCAAGUAUCCGACAGUGUGUCCAAGAGAAUACCAGAGUUAAAAACACAUAUGAAAUCGAAAAUGACAAAAGAAGAAAUAAAAAAGAGAAUGGAAAAAGUCCUUAAAAGUGGAGACUACAAGAUGAAAGUAGGAAGACUGAUUUUUUGGGACUUUGGUGGACAGUAUGUUUAUUAUACGACACACCAAACCUUCAUGACGUUCAGAGCUUUGUUUCUUGUGGUAUUUGACGGAAGCAAAGGAUUACAUGAACUUGUCCCAGAUGUUCUGUGUUUUCCAGGGCAGCACAUGACACCAACACCAGCAGUAUUCCUUCAACAUUGGGUUAACUCUAUUCUAACAUAUUGUAAGGUGGUAUAUGUAGGCAUUCCAAAGAUCUUGUUUGUUGCCACUCACAAAGACAAAAUACCAGUGGAGGAUGUGGAGUCCAGGCGUGAGGAGUUGUACAAUGGAGUAGAGGAAUUGUUUAAGGACCACGAGGGACGAAACCAUCUUGUCCUAACACAACGGAUAUUUGUCAAUGCAAGGGAUAACACAGAUACAGAAAUUGAAGUCCUGAAGAAAGCCAUCACAGAACUUACGUUUGAACAUCCUUGUUGGGGGGAGAAGAUGCCCAACGCUUGUGUUCCCCUUGAACUCGAGAUAGCAGAGCUAGUGGCAGAAGGAAAACAAAUCUUGUCAUUGAAGGAUGUAGAAGAAUUGAAUGUUAUAAGCAAGGUGUCUGUACUGUCCCCUGACCAACUCAAAGAUUUCCUAAAUUUCCACCACUCCUUGGGGAAGAUUGUGUACUUUGAUACUCCACAACUUCAAGAUUUCGUAAUCAUCAACCCCUUACUAAUGGUGGAGGUUAUGAGGUCUUUUGUGACAGAUAAAGUAUUUUGGCCAGAGGAAAAGAAAAUUCAUGAAACUUUUAAAAGAAUGUCAAAAUAUGGGACCAUAAGACGGGAAGAUCUCUUUCUAAUCUGGGAGCAAAAAGAUUUCAGUGCAAUAUUGCCAUACAAAGAGUUCAUAUUUAACAGCUUGAUUUAUUUAGAUAUCCUAGCAGAGCAACGUAGAUAUGAUACAUCUACAGGAAGUCGGUUACCAGUGGAAAACUUCUUUGUUCCCUGUAUGGUUACAGAGAGAAAUACCACCAACUUCAUGGACAAAGAAUGUACACCAGAGAGAGCUAUAUGCUUAGCGUUUUUAUUUAAAGGCACUAUUAUACCACCAGCCCUACCAAAUCGUCUGAUCAGUGCAUGUCUUAGCAUGUGGACCGUGAAGCAGUAUGAAGGGAGACAACUCCUGUUCUCAGGAUUUAUUGGUUUAUCAUUUGACAAAUCACAUGAUAUCGUUGUAUGCGUUGAGGGCAACAAGAUUCUCCUUUACAUCGUUCACAGAACCUCCUCCGGGUUAAUCGUACCUGAUAUAGCUACAGGUGUUAAAGAAUGCCUGGUUGUAACAAUGGAAAGAAUCUCAGAUUUCUACCACUCCACAGUCCAUGCAAAACGCAGCCAACAAUCGCCAUUUCACAUUGAAUAUUCAUGUUCAAAUUUAAAAUGCUUCAUCAGUGCAGAAGAAGCCAAGCAGACCAAUGGAUGGAUUUGUGACAAACAUAACCAAACACACAAAAGAAGACACUGGCGCAUUUGGAAUCAAGAUCAGACAAAAGAACAGUGUGAAGAGGAAUGUCAAGGGUUAAGUGAUGACGCUUUAAGCAAGACACCAAGUGAUAUUGAACUGUUGCGUUUUUCAAACCACUGCGAAUCAAAUAAAAUGCAUGAAUUAGUUACACAUCUUGGAAUGCUUGGGAUAUGGAAAGAUGUCGAAUACAAUCAUCCUAGAGAUAUACAGGUUGCCAAAUUUUUGCUGUUAUCAAAGUGGAAAGAGAUAAAAGCUAAAUCCAAUUUCAAAACUUUGUCAGAAGCUCUGAUUAACAUGGGUAUAUCGACCCAUGUUUUGUGUCAAGUAAGAAGAAUCAUCAAAGCAGAAACAGAUAUUCCAGCAGAUUACUUGGAUUUCAUUCCAACGGAUGAAAUUCUAGAUAAAUUAGCUCCAUUAAUUGGUCAAGUGUUUUUCCAACUUGGCACUGAAAUUGGACUAUCAAUUCCUGCCCUAGAAAAUAUACAGAGCAACAAUCCUUCUGACUUAGCAGAACAGAAUAGAGUCGUAUUAUUUAAGUGGAGAGAAGACCAACUAAUCAAACCUACAAUACGGGUCCUUAUUCAGGCUUUAGUUAACAUUGGGAGAGGUGCACGUUGUUUAGAAGAAGUUUUAAAUAAUAUUGAUCUGAACACCCUUAUAGUUUCACAACAAUCGAGAGGUAAAGGGGCAAUUCCAAAGAAACCAAAAAUAAAACCAGAACAGGAAUCACAGAGUCAGCGAAAGGUGUCAAAGACAUGUUCAAUAGCUUGAAUAGAAAAUGGUAAACACAAAUGUGCAUUUAAAUAGGGAAAAUAUACUAUAGGCAAAAGAAGUGAAAAAUAUUGUGCAUAAUUUAGCCUCAUUGUUUGAAAGAUAAGCUAUGCUGUUAACCGUUACUUUUGUAUUUCAUUUCUUCGAUGAGCAUUCAACAGAUCAAUCCCCUGUUAAUAUACCCUGCUUUGAAAAAGUGAGUGUUUAUUGUUUGACCUCUGUCUGUCCAUCAAUCAGUCCACCCAACAGUCAAUCUGUCAGUCCAUCACUCAGUCCAAUCGUCCCCUGAAUAUUUUUUGUCACAUCUUUCUCAGGAGCUACAUUUAACACAACAAUUUCUGAAAUUUUGUAGCAGGGUUUAUAAAAGUCAGCGUUACCAUGUGUUGCGUUAUCAGAUUCAUAAUUGAACAAUUUCCCGUUAGCCAAACACUUACAUCAUUGAUCAUCAUUUUACACAUAACAUAAAAAUUGAACAUUUUCUUCACAUUUUUCUCAGGAAUUACAUUACAAGGAUUUUAGGGUUUAUAUAAGUCAACUUUACCUUGUGCUGUGUUUUCAGAUAAAACAACUUCCUGUUAACCUUAAAGUAUUCGUUCAUGAAUAUCAUCAGUGAGCAGUAGGUCGCAGUUACACUUGUUCAUUGUAAGGUUUAACACAAAUAAUUAUAAGUGUAUGUAAACCUCUUUGGUGAAUUGUUUUCCUUUUUAACACACGGUUGACUGUUGUACCCCUAUUGGUGACAUUUCUAUCUAUUAUGUUUGUUUUUGUUUACACAUUGUUGACAAGAUAAUUGAAUUUAAUAUAACUCUCAUACAAGUGGCAGCUAAAGCUAGCUUCAAAAAGUUAUCAAAGGUACAAGGAUUAUAAUUAUAUUAGUACGCCAGACGCACAUUUCGUCUACAUAAUACUCAUCAGUGACACUCAUAUCAAAAUAUUAUAAAGCCAAACAUGUACAAAGUUGAAGAGCAUUGAGGAUCAAAAAUUCCAAAAAGUAUAAAACCAGGUUUAAUCCACUUUUUUCUACAUCAGACAGGAAUAUGACAUUCGUUUGAUGUGUUUGAGCUUUUGAUUUUGCUAUUUGAUUAGGAACUUUCUGAUUUGAUUUUUUUUCAGAGUUCAUUUUUUUGUGAUUUCACUUUUUAGCUCACCUGGUCCAAAUGGUCAAGUGAGCUUUUCUCAUCAUUUGGCGUCCGUCGUUAACUUUUACAAAAGUUUUCUCCUCUGAAACUACUGGGGCAAAUUAAACAAAGCUUAGCCACAAUCUUCAUUAGGGUAUCUAGUUUUAAAAAUAUGUCCAACGACCCGGCCAACCAACCAAGAUAGCCACCAUGGCUGAAAGUAGAACAUGGGAUUUAAAUAAAGUUUGUAGGUUAUAUCUCUGAAACUUAAGCAUUUAGAGUAAAUCUGAUGAGGUAAAGAUGGUCAAGAUCUUUCCGUUCUGAAAUUUUAAGAUGAAUCAGACAAUCCGUUGUUGUGUUUCUGCUCCUGAUUGGUAUUUUUAAGGAAAUUUGGCAGUUUUUGCUAUUAUCAUGAUUAUCUUCAAUACAAUUAUACAUAGAGCUAAACUGUAAACAGCAAUAAUGUUCAGCAAAGUAUGAUCUACAAAAAGUCAACACGAUGAAUAUUGUCAAGUAACCCUUUGAACAGUUGUUGCCCUUUAUAGUAAAUUUUAACAAUUUUGCGUUAUUUUUUUUUAAUCUAUUACAAAAAUCUUCUCACUUGGUCAUGUUGGAACUACUUAGUCAAAAUUAACUAAAUUUGGCCACAAUCAUCAUUGGGGUAUAUAGUUUAAAAAAAUGUGUAAGAUGGCUGCCAAGGUUAAAAAUAGAUUAUAGGGGAAAAUAUCGUUUUUGGCUUGUAUCUCUGAAACCAAAGCAUUUAGAGCAAGUCAUGCAUGGGGUAAUAUUGAUCAUUAUGUCAACAUCUAUGAACCUGAAAUGAUCAGUCAACCAACUGAAUUGGUAAUUAUAAGAAAAUUUUGCAGUUUUUGGUUAUUAUCUUAGAUAUUAUUAUAGAUAGAGUCAUAAACUUUAAACAGCAAUGAUAUACAGCAAAGUAAGAUCUAUAAAUAAGUCAACAUGAACCAAAUUACCACAUGACCCCUGGAGGAGUUUUUGCCCUUUAAAGUAAAUUUUUUACGAUUUUUUUUAUUUUAUAAAUUCAUGUAAAAUUUGGUAAUUUUCACACAAAAUAUGUUCCUCUGAAACUACUUGGCUCAGUCCAUUAUAGAUAGAAAUAAUUGUGAACAAACAGAAUAUUCAGUAAAGUAAGAUUUACAAACACGUCGCCAUCACCAAAACACAAAUUUGUCAUGAAUUUUAUUCUUGUCUGUAAUGUGUGUCCUUUGUUUUAUAUGCAUAGACCAAGGUGAGCGAGACAUACUCUUUUUACCCUCUAGUUUGUUGUUGGUCGAGAUAGCUAGUAUAACCAAUCUUUGAUACGAUGGCUUUACGUCUAUUGCCAAUGAUCAUGUGAUUUUGAACUAUAACUUAAUAAUAGUCAGCUCCUAUCAAGAGUGAAUUUUAAAGCUAUAUAAGCGCAAAUCCGGCUAUGGUUUUGGCUGCGGAUCCUUAAAGUUAGACUGUGAGAUAACUGAAUUUCUUUAUUGGUGUUAGGCUACAAUUAAAAUGUAAGGUAUAUUCGUAUGAGUCCCAAAAUGUGCUCCACUAUAAAACAUCCCUGUCAAAAUGUGGCAAAUUUAAUUUAGGUAAUCUAUGGUUAUUACUAAAUAUACUUGGUGGUUGUUUGUAGGAAUAUUUUUCGUGACUAUUGUAAGUUUGUAAAUUCGGGUUAAGAAAGUUGCGUGAUUGAUUUCUGGUAUUAUUUGCCUCUAACAGAUUUCUUUCAGUAGUUGUUAGCGUGUAAACGGCUGUUUGUAUAAUUACUAGUGUUUGAUCUAGGUUUAUAGCAUUAGGCAUCAGCGUUCAUUGUUGACUGUACUGGUCAAUCAGAAAUUAUGUUGGUUUUGAUUGCUUGCGUAAGUUUUCGUAUUGUCUAAGUUAACUGUCUAAAUUAAACAUAUAUAUUCAUUUAAGUCUGUAAUUUCUUGUUCAAUGAGAUCCACGUGUAUGAAUUCUGUAAACAUCUCGCUCAAAUCAUGCACAAUCUUGAAAGGUCAAGUGAGCUUUUUUCAUCACUUGGCGUCCGUCGUCCGUUGUGGUCGUCGUAUGUUUACUCUUAUAAAAAUCUUCUUCUCUGAAACUAAUGGCCAAAUUUAUCUUAAUUUAACUUUGCAACAAUCAUCUCUAUUGUAAGUAGUUUUACAAUUGAUUUCAAUGACCCCGCCUGCCAACUAACAUGGCCGACAUGAAUAAAAAUAAAACUAAGGGGUAAAAUGCAGUUUUUGGCUUAUAUCUCUCAAACUAAAGCAUUUAGAGCAAAUCUGACAUGAGAUAAAAUGUACAUCAGGUUAAGAACUAUCCACCCUUACAUAUUUGGGUUGCUGCCCCUGAAUUGGUAACUUUAGGGACAUUUUGCAGUUAUUGGUUAUUAUCUUGAAUAUUAUAAUAAAUAAAGAUAAACUGUAAACAGUAAUAAUGUUUGGCAAAGUAAGUUCUACAAAUAAGUCGGCAUGAUCAAAACUGUUAGUUGACCACCUUUGGAAUUAUUGCCCUUUAUAGUCAAUUUUUAAUAAUUUUUCGUAAAUUUUUGUAAUCUUUUACAAAAAUUUUCUCCUCUGAAUCUACUGAUACAAAUUUAACCAUACUUGGCCAUAAUCAUAAUUAGGGAAUCUAGUUUCAAAAAUGUGUCAGAUGACCCCGCCUUACAACCAUAAUGGCCGACAAGGUAAUUGUUGGCUUGCUGACCCUGAGUUAGUAAUUUUACAGAAAUUUGCAGUUUUUUGUUAUUAUCUUAAAUAUCAUUAUAAUAUCUGAUAACGUAUGCUAUUAUUAUGAUUUAAUCUUAUUUUACAUGAUUUCCAAAUCAUUAUUAAAUGCAGGAGAGCGACACAUGCUAUUGAUAACCUCUAAUUCUGGUGUAUGUGCUAUUUUGUGCUCCUUUGUGGUGUAUUGUUCUCCUUUAAGGUGUUUACACACUUUUGUAGUUAAUUGUGGUCCUUUGUUGUGUAUGUGCUCCUUUGUGGUGUAUUGUUCUCCUUUAAGGUGUUUACACUCUUUUGUAGUUAAUUGUGGUCCUUUGUUGUGUAUGUGCUCUUUUGUGGUGUAUUGUUCUCCUUUAAGGUGUUUACACUCUUUUGUAGUUAAUUGUGGUCCUUUGUUGUGUAUGUGCUCCUUUGUGGUGUAUUGUUCUCCUUUAAGGUGUUUAAACUCUUUUGUAGUUAAUUGUGGUCCUUUGUUGUGUAUGUGCUCCUUUGUGGUGUAUUGUUCUCCUUUAAGGUGUUUACACUCUUUUGUAGUUAAUUGUGGUCCUUUGUUGUGUAUGUGCUCCUUUGUGCUGCAUUGUACUCCUUUCGGUGUAUUGUUCCCAUUUGCUGCGCAAUGUACUCAUUUGUUGUGCAUUUUACUCCUAUUUAUGUAAGUACCCCUUUGUGGAGCAUUGUACUCCCUGUUAGUGCAUUCUGGUCCUUUGAGGUGAAUUGUGGUCAUUUUUUGUGUAUGUGCUCAGCUCAAUUGAGGUAUUGUACUCCUUUGUGGUGGAUGUGUCCUUUUUUACACAAAGUUCUAUUUGCAAAAAUGUUAGCAUAUUAGGAUAUUUUUUUUAUUAUGUUAAUUUUACCAUAUAUUUUUUCAAAUUACUAUGUACAUAUAAUUAUAUCGAUAAUAUUAAUUCCAUGCAUAAGAUCAUGAUAAUUAUGUUUUUUAUAUUAUUGUUAGCAUAUCAUUAUUUUUAUAAAUAAUUUUACCAUAUUAUUAUGUUGAUGUUUAUAUAUGAUUUUUACAUAUUUUUUUUCUCACCACUAUGUAUCUAUCAAUGUAUGUUACACAUCGCAGGAUCCAAUUGCUGAUAUAUGCGCAUUGGAAGAGGUUGGUUAGUAUAAGUAUUGGAGGGCAGUGAUGUUAUUUUCUAGGUGGUUCUACUUCACUAUCGUUUUAGGAAAAAGGAGUUCUUUCAGAUGUCUGUUUUGCAGUCCAUCAAAUGGAAUGAUCUGCUAUUCAUGCUAUUAUGGGUUUCUUGUCUUUUUGUGAUGUUUUUGUAUUUAAAAUCAAUAAUGUUAUUUGUCUUGACUUGGCUUUUGUUUCUGUUUUCUUGUAGAUACAUGUAUUUCAAUCGUUAACCGAAAUCAAUAACUGAGCAACUUUAGAGAACAUAUUCAGCCUCUGGUGUUUCCUUGGUUCUUUUAAGAGGUGGUUUUAAAAUCAUAUUUGUAACGCAUCCUGUUUCUCUGGAUUUAUAGUCGUGCAGGAUGAAACGUGCACUUCUUUUCUGUAUGCUUUCUAUCUUCUAUUGGUGAAUGGGUUCCAAGUGAUAGGAUGGUAUUUUAGUACCGAUCUAACCAUGGCUUUUAAAGUAGGAUAGUUUGUUGCACUCUCAAAGGUACUUGCGUAAGUUUCUUAGAAGGAAACCAAGUGUACAGCGUGUCCUGCUUAUAAAUUUCACAAUGUGCCUGGUCCACUUUCGGUCAUCGGAUAAAUUAAGAUGUAGGUACGGAUUUGUUUGAACUUGCUUUAAUAUCAUGUUGUCUUGUUGGUAACAAUAUAAUUAUGUUUAUAUAUGAGUGUAACACUAUACUUAUUUUUAUAUAUGAGUGUUACCACAUACUUAUGUUUAUAUAUGAUUGUUACAAUAUAAUUUAUGUGUAUAUACGAUUUUCACCAUCUUACUUUCUAUGUACAUAUAAUGAUUCCUGAUAUCCUAUUAAUAUUCAUUAUUAACAUGUA